CGACGACCAUAUAACGACUUUACGUCCCAAAGUUAUACCCGGCAUACCAUAUUUUCGCAGACGUGUAUGCGCCGAUAGUCUUGACGGCUAUUUUGUUAUUCAACAGGGAACAAUCGCCGUCUUCCCGAAACCCCAGCUCGUUAUCGAUUUCUUCUUGGCUUUGCGUGGUGGUUGGGCCCUAAAUCCUCUGGUCAACCUCGCGGAUCCAAACUCUAACAAUUGCUCGUUCCCCUUUGCCCCCACCCGCCAGCCUUUGGUUCAUUCCUUUUCUCACCCGACAAGCAAUUGGGAAAACCUGCAACCCAUCUAUCUGUCUUAGCUUCUCCAGACAUCGCAAGCUCCUCAAAAUUUCUACAGACUACCUGCCGUCCGCUCGCGCAUUCGAGAAGAUCUGCCGGACCAGAGCCUGGGAAAUAUCACGACACGAAAUCCAAUUCACGGCCGCUUUCGUCGACCACCGAGCCGCGGCGCGAUCGAUCCGACUCUAGCAUCUCACUCCUCUUCUCUAGAUUUUUAAAGGAGUCCGCGAUCAACAGAAUUCGCGGUCUGUUCUCACCGCUGUCUCGUCUGGACAUUCGCGGGACUUACGUGCCAGAUUCUUGCAGCAAACAUUCUGGCAUACUCUGCGAAGCAGCUCCAUUCACACAUGGCCCACGAUCAUCGCUAGUCCACGAAGUUACCCGUCGACGGCCUCUCGUCACCGUCGCCAAGGGUCGCCAGACAUUCAGAUCGACGAAACCAAUCCAGUUCCGUUCCACCUGCUGUACGAAUACUGAGCCCGGCGUCUCGGCGCCAACCGGAGCCCUCGCGGUCAGGCUUCCGAAAGUCAUUUCAGACAUUCGCGACGAGCCUCUUGUACUAGCCCCGGGCCCUGCUCGGCGAGGCAAAUCGACGCCAUGGCUGGCAAUAUGCCUCAGAUGGCAGGCAUGAUGCAGCCACAACAGCGUCAACCUUUGCACCCUAGCCAAAUCACCCAGAUUGUUUUCAAAAAUCUCGCAGAGCAGCCUCCAAUAGUAACAGGCUGGCAGUCUGGGCUAUCGAUACAGGAGCGCCUGGGGAAAACAUGCCAACUUGUCACCCAGUUUAGAAUGGCCAUGCAGAACGAUCUGCACACAGCAAAAUGUAUUGAACUCGGGUUGACUUGCGAAAGGAGAGCUUUGCUAGAGGCACCAGAUCGCAACGCAUAUGAGCAACUCAUACAAUCUAAAAUGGCCGAAUUACAGAACAAACGACUGCAGGGUCAACAUCACAUGCAGAACAAUGUCAACCAGCAGGCUGCCUUCAUGCACCAACAACAACAGCACCAGAAGCAGCAGCAACAACAGAGGAUGAUGCAGAACGCAGCCCAUGCCGCGGCACAGGCGCAAAUGAACGGCGGGAUGGGGCCCAACUCACAGCUUCCAUUUCAACAUUUGCAGCAUCAAAUGCAGGCCUCGCCGAUUCCUCAGCAAUCAUCUCCGCCGAUGCAAAUGGGUAUGGGUGGCAUGGGAGGCAUAGCAAACCAAGCCAACAUGCCUAUGGGGGCUGGUGUGCAGGACAAUGGCAUGACCAUGGCAGACAAGCAGAAAAUUUUGGAAGUCGCGAAGCAGAACUAUGCACAGGCUCCCGAGCACACCAAGCAACAAAUUCGACUGCAGAUGGCUGCGAAAAUGACACCCCAACAACAAAACGAUUUUCGAAGCAAAGGCAUCGAUCCCGUACUACAUUGGUUCCAAAAUCAGGCGAUCAACCAGUUCCGGAGGAGCAAGAUGAUGGCACAACAAGGCCUGUCUGGGAUGCCCAACCAGGGCAUGGUUAAUAUGCAGCCGCAGAGGCCUGGUGCGGUGAAUGGUCUCGCUCAAGCUGGGCCCCAAGGUGUUGGUAACCAUAUGAGCCCUUUCAACAUGGAGAGCAUGAUGAGUGAGCAGAAAAACGCCUUCAUGGCUCAAGAGGCUGGCCAAACAGUAGUACCUGCAACUUCCCAAAAUCGGCAUGGAAACCCUCAGCCGGGGCCUAAUAUGCAGGGUCAAGGCAUGUCGAAUCUUCAGCAGACUCCCAACCAGCCACAACGACCGCAACAGCCGUUCGGUAUGCAGCAGGCAAAUCCCCAUCUUCAAGCCCAGCUAAGAGCGCAGGCUUUGGCACAAGCGGGCAAACAGGCGGGGCUUCCGGGUCAGCCGGGCGGCGGUCCCGGUGGACCUCCGAUGACAUCCCAGAGCCCGGCUAUGGGAACACUGAACACUCCUAUGGCGAACCCUCCGGUUUCAAUGGGUCAGAUGAACGUACAAGCGGCGCCAAAUGGGGUGCCCCAACUUGACCCUCGCUUCAUGCCACGGACUCCCAUCUCUAUGGGCGGCAAUGUGAACAACCACAUGAAUCCUCAGGUCAUGUUACUCCUUCAGAGGAUGACUCCUGAGCAGCGGGCACAGAUUCAAGGCUUGGCUCCAGAGCAGCUCAACAAGCUGACAGCUAAGUGGAUUGAAUCUGGCUCUGCUAACAUGGUAGGACCUCAGCCAGGGCAGCUGAACAACCCCGCGAUGGAAAAUCGAAACCCAGGCCCGAACCCGACGUUGGGCAUGCCGGGCCCCCCGAUGCCACCGCAGAUGGGCAAGAUGAGCCACGCGCAAGUCGUCGAGUAUAUGGACAACAUGGAGCUACCCCCUCAGAUUACCAGGGCGCUUCCUAGCUUGACAAUCCCUGUUGAGAUUAAAACCUACAAGGCUCUCAAAGACUGGCUGCAGCACACUCAGCUCAUGCAGCAGUACGAACCUACUGUGAAACAGAUGCAAAUAAUGCAGUUCAAGGCCGAGAUGAGCAAAAGAAUACAGCAGGGACAACAACCUCUCCAGGCGAACCAACAAGGGUUGCCACAUCAGCAGCAAAUGGCGGCGCGGGCACCCCAACAGCCACAGAAUGCAGGUCAGGGAAUGGGAAUGCCGCAGCCAGGACCACCACCUCAGGGCAACGCCGCACCGCCGAAUAACCAGCAGCAGAUGCUAUUAGAACUAGCUCGGAACUUGCCUCAGCAUAUUAUACAGCCAUCCCCGCAAGAUAUUGAGACGUUGCGGAAGCAACCAAGAUGCGCCGGCUUUACUGACGAGCAGCUUUUUGACCUUGGAAGACAAAUUAAAGCUAAAAACUAUCUUAUGCGGCAACAACAACAGCGAAAUCAACAGCAGCAGCAGCAGCAGCAGCAACAACGGCAGGCACAACAGCCCCAACCUAAUAUGCCGCAGCCUCCUCAAAGUCACGUUGGUCAGCCGUUGGCCCAACCUCCUCACGAACUCAAUCAGAACGCUGCGCAGAAACAACCUCCUGCACCUUCAGGGGCAGCACCACCAACUAACGAAAAGCAGUCUCCUGCCAUGCCUGCUCCCACGCCUACCAUGAUGAACCGCACUCAGUCACAGAGCCGAGCACCACAGAAUGCAGCGCAGCGACGGAACCUCAAACGUUCCAGCCCGGACGAUGUGAUUGAUGUUACCGGGCCCACGCCGCCACCGACGAGGCAACCACAACCGCCUCAACAGCAGCAACCGAAGCAGCAGGUACCGCAGAAUCAAGCCCAAAAUCAGCAAAGGCCAGCUGUACCCGGCCCUGCUCGGCCACCAUCGCAGCAAUUGACGCAAGAACAGUUAUCCAAGCUAUCGCCCGAAAAUAGGGCCAAGUAUGAGGCCGCACUCAGAAAUCGCCAGGUUUUCUUGAGCGUUCCCCCAGAGGUCCGAGAGCGUAUCCAGAAAAUGGCAACCGAAAUUGGUCACGAGGUUGCACAGGUUGUGCAGCGUGAUAUUGAUAUACCGGCUACUGAGAUCGCCCAGCUUCGACAGAAGAUACCAUUCCUGUUUGCUCAACUUCAGAAAGCUAUGAAGGGUUUCCCUCAGUGGUACAAUUUCCAUGGCGACGAACAGCGUGCGCGCCUGUUCAUCCGCUACCGGCAUCUUGUAAUGCACCAGUUUGAAGACGGCAAUAAUGCCAGCCAAUUGAAGCAGCAGCUGUCAGUCAGGCUAAACGAUAUUGAACAAGCUCUAGCUUUGGUUGAAGUCAUGACCCGUGAGAUGAAUGCGCUCUUCAGCGGCGCCGCCAACGCACGAGGUCCGGCAGCUCAACAACCCAACAAGCCGCAGCCACAGGCGCCACGGCCCCAGGCCGCACCGGAAGAGAACCUGGAGGCCAACAAGGCGCAGGCAAAGCCGGCCAACAAGGCGACACAGGGUCCUGCUGGCCCCGCGGCCCAGCAGCCACAAUAUCCUGGGUUCGGGUCGCUGCCAAAGAACACGGCUGUGCCGGCAUACCUCGGCAAGCCUGCUGUUACAGUAGACACCCUUAACCCACCUCCCCCGAAGCGGAAGAAGCCCAACUCAGCCCAAGUCUCGUCACCUGCGCUGCAGUCCGCACAUGGCUCACCACCUCAGACCAAGCCUCCUUCCCCGGAGGCUCGCCGUGAGCAUGUAGCAGAAGCACCAAAACAGCCACCUCGGCCUCUAAUACUGUGCACCGAACCUGGUUGCGAUGCCGCAGCCACUGGCUUCCCCUCGGAAGAAGCGCGCAACUUGCAUGUUCAGGAAGAGCAUGUUAGGCCGAGUCAAGACCCGUUCAAGUACUUGAAUGAGAGUUUCGCAUUCGCCGAGGCCGCUGAUCAACAAAAGAAGUUAUCAGCAGCGGCUCCAGCAUAUCAUUCACAGCCUCAGCAGUCAGUUGCAAUGCAAUUGACGCAAUCAAAGGACGGCUCUAUGGCCACGCCGACACCGGGAGCUGUCCCGAUGAACCGACAAGCUAGUGGUGUAACCGGGCCCCAUGCUCCGAAACCAGGUCAGGGAAUGAUGGGUGGCACCCAGCAAGGCGCUACCCCAGCCAGCAGCACAGCACAAGACAUGGUUCUGUCUCAGCCCCCACCGUCUGCAGAGGAGAACUUGUUCACAGGAACCGUUGUUCCUAAUGAGAUCUUCUCGGGUGUCCCCAACUUUAGCGCUACGGCGGACGGAGUGAUCUCGGACCCGAGUCUAUACAGGACGCAUACACCAAACGACACCCCCGACUCGAAGGAUGGCAGCACCUCUGAGCCUAACAGCGACAUCCCUGACAAUGCGAACAUCGAGAUCGAUAUGGCGUGGGCCGCGCUAGACGAUGAUUUCUUGGUGAAUCUGAAUAACUUCUCUGUGGAAAACACGGAAGUCAUGGAUACUUCGACGAGUUUCAUGGAUUGGAACGAUGUAACGACCGACUUCGACAAGCCGUUCUCGUUCGAUGGAUCCAACUACAUCUUGGAAGCGAACUGAUAUCAGUAAAGAGCUGGAGAUUAUCCGUCCCAGCAGUUUCCGAAUCAUGCAGCUUUAAACGCCGCUGAUGGGGCUUUUAGGGCUGGCACCCAGCAUUCUUUGUUUGCUAAUUUCUGUUUUACGGUUUUCUCAUCCAUACUCGCAUGCCCAUCUGGGCGAGCAUUUUGGGUCAUCUUUUUUUUUUCUCGCACUACUAGCAUAGGCGUUUUGUGUAAGGGAGAGGCACUCUUCUUUUGGGUACUUUGCAUAUUUUCUCUCUCUUUGAAAAUCAUGGAUUUUGUUGGGGUAUCGUGAUGUGGGAUGGGACUCUAGUGAUUGCUAGAGGGUUUUAUAUGGCAGGGUGGGUUGAGGCGAAAUGGGGAUUACGGCCUUGUUGAUACAUACGACCAUUGCACGUCUUCGCCCGCGAUGCAAGCAGGAAGUACAUGAGGGGAGUGACUUUUUGCACUGGUGUAUGUAGGGAUCGGCCUUUUUUUUAGGGCCGUUUCCCUCUUAUGAUAGGUGCAUUUCUGUUUUUUGUUUUUUUUUUUUGUUUUCCCUUCAAAAAUUUUUUCAUGUAAUUGCUGUUUUUCCUCUGCUAGAUACCAUGGUCGCGAAGAUCGGCCGGCUAAAAAGACAAGUUGUCUUUUUUUUAGUUUAUUAUUCAUCCUGCUGCUCUUCUAUAUCACCGAUUCCUUGUCUCUUUGUGAAGUAAAUGCUGGUUUUUCUUUGUUCAGACACGGGGGCAUGUAUCUCAUGCAACUAUUCUGAUGUUCGGUUUGUUUACAUGGUACUUGAGAAAUAUGAAACUUUGCUCAUGACGAGGAUCAACUUGAUACAGAUUGCUAGUAUUGUGUUUUCGAGCGAGAAAAAGAAACAAAGAAAGACUCGAGGGGCAAGGGACAAGAAAGAGGCUAAACCAAA